AGAUGCAGAAAUAUCUCUAAUGUAACCCCAUAAUUUUAUAGAGUUUCAAAUUAUUUGGGGGAUUUAACCUUUUGGGGAAAAAAAGCACCUUAAACAUACAGAAGUAUGUGUUAUUUACAGAACACGUCUAAUAAUAAUAAUAUUUCGUUGGAAACAAAAGGUAAUACUACAGCUCCGACAAGAGUUAAUACAGUACAGUCGGUGAACCUCUAAGUUGAAUGGAGAAUUGUGAAAGGUGCCGCUCGCGUCACUAGUUUCCCCUCCUCAGAGGAAUACUGCCACUUUUAGGCUUUUUAGGUGUCGAGAAAAUAAAAGGUAAUGAGAGAACAUUCGUGUGCGGCGUAAACACGUUAAUGGUUCUGUUUAAGCACAUCAUACCAGAUAAGUCCAGGGCUGUCAUAGCAGCGGGAGUGGCUCUGUGUGUGUGUGUGUGUGCGUGUGUGCGCGCACGGCGCUGUGAUCGCUGAAAGCAACGCCGACACCUCCUCAGCUACAUUGCAGCCUGCGGAACACCAUGUGAGCAGAAGCAGGCUGUGCCAUGCUGAAUAAUUCUCCAAUUCUUCUGCUGGCGCUGACCACCACAGCAGCACUCUUGUCCUGGUCUCAAGCCUGGAACGAAGAAGACCUUUUACUCCCCCCGAUCAACUCCACCAAUAGGUUUCUGGCGAACCUGGAAGUGGACGUUAGGUACUCUAAAAGAUCGGUGGAGGAAAGCGAAGCUUCGUCCGAAACGUCGCUCCAGCCGGUCUGCAAUGUCAGCGUGCAAAGACUCCGGCCCACCUCGCUGGUCGCUCGAUGGGACAAGCAGUUCGGCUUCCAGUGCGAUGUGCUCGUGUACACCAUCAACAACCACGGGAGGGCUUUCUUCUCCGCCGCCUUCAACCGGGUGGUCUCACCAGUCUUCGUCGAGCACAUCGGAGUCUCCGGUGGCCAGCAGGAAUUCCGUCUGUGCGUCGGUUGCGGUCUAGCGCGAAACAGGCGCUUUGGGCAAAGCAGGUCACCCUCUCUGCAAACGGGAGAUUCCCUUAAUUUUUGCUGCCUUGAGUUUGGCUUGGAUGAACUGAACGGGGAUAAGAACUGGAGACAGAACCGUAAACCUAUUGAGUCGACUCUGGUUGCCUGCUUCAUGACUUUAGUAAUAAUUGUGUGGAGCGUUGCUGCCCUCAUAUGGCCAGUGCCUAUUAUCGCAGGAUUUUUACCGAACGGAAUGGAGCAGAGGAGACCGAGAUGAGUAACGCGGAGCUGGGCUUAUAGCCUACGUGGAAAAACCCUAUUAUACUAAGUUAGAAUAUAUCAUUUUCAUAGUAUAUUUGGUCAAGUAUAUUUGUCUAAAUUCUUAGUGAAAUCUCCAAAUAAGUGCUGAGCUUUUUCAUAGUCGGAGUGUCGUGUAUUUAUGGGAGAUGAUGUGGACGAUGUCUAUUUUUAUGAAAACUAAUUGUUUUAUAUACCGCUAUCCUAACUGUAAAUGUUUUUGCGUAAUAUUCAGGUGCCGUUUAGAAUCACUGUUUGUAUCGUUUCUAACUUUGUAGAAUUCUGCUUUAUAGUGUUCAGACGUGAUUCGAAAUAGCCAGUGUUUUAAAGUACGAUGUACGUGCGCCGAGGAUAAAUAGCCUAGAGCUUUCGGGAGUUACGUAAAGCCACGGUAUAAUUAAAUCGCUUUCACUUAAUAUGUUAUUAACUGUAAGUAAUUGUACAGCUGUCAAAUACAAACCUCUUUAUAAAAGUCUGUGUAUCAGUACAUGGAAGUGUACAACCGAUGAAGACGUCAGGGACAAUUGUCUAGAUCAAAUAGUUUAUAUAAGACGAACUGUACGAGAUUUUGCUAUAACAUAGGUCGUCAGAUUUAAUUGGAUAGCCAAAUAACUGUGUUUGUAUUUAUUUGUAUGACAUUGAAUAAAAACGAUUUUUUAUUAUAUGA